AUGUCAUCCACAUCACCAACAAACAGUAUCUUAAAAAUGAUAUCUUUACGUCCGAAGAAGAAGUGUUUUAGAGUAGCCGUUUUGGGUGAAAACGGAGUAGGAAAAACUGCAUUGACAGUUCGUUUUAUAACCAGACGAUAUAUUGGAGAAUAUGAUCCAGAUUUAGAAAAGGUGUAUUCAUGCACGAAGUCGGUGAAUGGAAACACUGUUGAUUUUGAGAUCAUGGACACUGCAAAUGAAAACAACAGGUUAGAAGAAAAUAUUCGAUGGGCGGAUGCAUUUCUACUGGUGUAUUCAGUAACUGAUCGGUGUAGUUUCAAUGAAUGUACUCGACUUAGAUUUCUUAUUAACUCGUUUUGUAAAAAGCGGAGACCGCUUCGAAUGAUUAGUGACCCAUUAUCCAAAAAGACAAUAAGAAUGACUACCCCGGUUAUAUUAGUGGGCAAUCAAAUCGAUAGACAUUUGGACCGAAUGAUCUCCUUCGAGGAAGGCAUUCGUAGGGCAUGUGAAAUGGGUUGUUUAGCAUUUUACGAAGUGUCGGCGUCUGAAAUGAUCGAUCGCGUUGUUGAGAUUUUCAACGAU